AUGGGGUCUGGUGACACUGCUCUACGAGGGAAAUAUAUUCCAUUUCAUACACUAAACGAUGACGACAAGUCAGCCGAUUACUCGCACAGAACGUCUCGUUCCUUAUCCCGCAGCUUGAAGCAUCUAAUCCCGAUUGUCUUGAUUUAUUGUUCUCUACUCAUCUUCUCAUGGACCGUGACGUGCAUCCUCACCCACCGGCCUCUCCUCUAUCAUCAUUCAACGCCAACAUGGGAAAGCGCGCGGCAGCUGACCUGCGCGUCCCAGACGGUCCUGGGGGUCACCGACUCUGACGCAAAUGCGACAUUCUCCUGCAGCCAGAGAGAAGCGACAAAAGUAACUCUCACCGCAGCCGUCAUCGCUGCUACACGUCGCUGGAGAUUGGCCGCCCGGGUCGUUAACUCAGUCAUGGCGGUGCUGACCAUUCCAUUCUCUUCAUUUAUUGCCGCCCGCGCCGCCAUAGUGUACGGCCAGGCCGCUGGCAAUAAGCGGGCAUUCAGCCUCCGGAAAUUGCUAGCGGUAGCUGAUCGAGGAUGGUGGAAUCCCUUCAUCCUUGCCCGCCUGUUUUCUGCUGGAGGUCGGCGGCGACUGGGCAGUCCGCUCCUAUAUUAUGCAUUCCUCGUCUGCGCUUUAGGUGGUCUAAAUUGGCCGUUGCAGCAGUUGCUCGUGUCAGAGGUGACCAUAUUGGUUGAGAGUUUACCCUCCAAGGUCACGCCGCUGGUUUCUGACGCCGACAUCACCGGAUUGUCUCAAGUGAAGUCCAUCGAGACGGUUGGGGAUACGAGAUCAUUGAUCAACUACGCUACUCAGUACGACUCUCGGCCAAAUAUCUGGCGGACACCCGAUUCAGUCUGCAAUUCAUCCAUGAGCUGGGCAUAUUCCUGCGUGAGUAACUCGAACCAAGGCGGAAUUGCUACGCAGUUCUAUCCCCUCCGCGGUAACAGUUCAUUUGUCUCCAUCCCCGUCAACUCGGUCACAACGGGAAUAAUAAGCGAUCAUGCCUUUCGGUUCAAUACGUCCGUCGCCUCAGAAGAGGUAUCGGAAGAGAGCUAUCCCGACAGCUGCGGUGGACCAGGGUCUUUCUCCGCAUCAACGCUUGCGAACCUGUCAGGUCUGGAUGCUUCCUAUAACGUCCCAAUCUCCGCAGAUGGUAUGAUGGAGGUAAAGGUGUGCGCGCUGGGAGACUCGCAGAGUUUUCCAUGGAAUCUCACUCGGAACCGCCAGGACAUUGCGGAAGAAGCAUACAUUCACUUCAAUUCAAUCGCCAUGAGCUUCCUCACCAACGGAUCUCGGAUAGCCAGCUGGACACAGCGCAUUCGUGCGAAUACGACCGCGGGGUACUUCAUGCUCCCUAACUACAUGAACAACUACCAAACGGGUCCCUUGUUGGAGACGUUCAAUCUUGCAACUAGUUUUGAUCCAGAGAAUUUUAUCGUUGACCAGGAGGAGAGUAUGGAUGUGCGAGCCUUAAAUAACUCACAUGUUCUAGGAUAUGGUUAUCCCGACCCCACGCCUGUCAGCUCACCAGCUCUUGGGCCUUUGCUCACAGCCACCAAGGCCCUCUUCGGCCCGUCCACGUUCUUCGCCAAUCGUGCUAAUUCGACACCGACUCACCGAACAUUACUUCCUUGUCGUUGGACGAGUGCUCCGAGCCUAUUCCGUUUACUUACCUCUCAAAUACUAAUACUGAAGAUACUACCUCCUGGCGAUACGCGACUCUCAAGCCCUGUGCAUCAGACACCAACUCCACUUACUUCAACGACCUGGCUGCCUGGCUUGGUCAGCUCUUUGCAAACUACGACAACCCCCAGACAACGUCUGUCUUUACCCAGGGCGCCUUCUUUGCCAAUAAGGCCAACCUAG